GGAGCAAGAUAACUUCCGACACAGACACAAGUCCACACGAUUUCCGCGAGUCAGUCCAAAAGUAACGUUUUAGAACCCGUGGUGGAUUGUGACGCAGGUGCAGCUCUAAAAAAUCUUUUAUAAAGUACUUAAAACUUUGCAAUGUUGAACCUACGCUUUCAACUGUUCACGGUGAUUGCUCUCAGCGCGCUGUCAUGGAUCCAAGCGGCUAGCAUAUUUUCGGGUGCUUCGUUCAGUCGCAUUGUGGGCGGUUCGUCGGCAGUUUCUAUGAACAUACCGUACAUUGUCUCUCUAAAGUCGUUCGGCUUCCACAUUUGUGGUGGUUCCAUAAUCAAUGCACGCACCGUAGUCACCGCCGCUCAUUGCCUGUUGGCCAGCGAUGCUAGGGAUUUACAAAUUCAUGCCGGCGCAAAAACCCGUUCCUCGCACGAGGGCGUGUUGAUCAAAGUGGCUGCGAUACAUUAUGAUCGCCGCUUCAGCAUGGAGACCAUGGACUACGAUAUCGGUUUGGUGCGUCUGUCCAAUGCGCUCAUCUUCAGCAUACGCAUACAGCCAAUUGCUUUGCCCGCAGCUGGUGAGUUAGUGUUGGAUACUGAUGUCGGUUUGGUGGCUGGUUGGGGUUACAAGUCCGCUUAUGGGCCAGGCUCGUACGUUUUGCGGUACGCUCGUGUGCCUAUUAUCAAUCAGACUGUGUGCAAUGAGCAGUUAGAAGGAUCCGUCACUGAUCGAAUGCUCUGUGCUGGCUAUGCUGAAGGUGGCAUCGAUGCCUGCCAAAUGGACUCGGGCGGUCCGCUGGUGGUGGACGAGAAACUUGUGGGCAUCGUGUCAUGGGGUGUUGGUUGUGCGCGUCCUAAUAGGCCCGGUGUUUAUACACGCGUUUCACAGCUGAUCGAUUGGGUGCAGACCACGUUGGCAGAGAAGUACGCGGACAGCAUUCCAAGAGAUAGGAAAAAAUAAAAAUAAAAAAAAAAACAUGCGAAAACCAAAAAAAAUUAUUUGUGACGAAAUUUAUUGCAAUAA